AUGGGCUCUGGGCCGCACGGGGCGCUGAGCCUGCUGCUCCUGCUGGUCGCGCCACCGAGCCGCGCGGCCACAAGCUGCCCCGCGCCUUGUGUCUGCGCGGGGACGCGCGUGGACUGCGGGCGCCGCGGGCUGACGUGGGCCUCGCUGCCGACCGCCUUCCCGCCGGACACGACCGAACUGGUGCUGACCGGCAACAACCUGACGGCGCUGCCGCCGGGGCUGCUGGAUGCGCUGCCCGUGCUGCGCGCCGCGCACCUGGGCGCUAACCCCUGGCGCUGCGACUGCCACCUGGUGCCGCUGCGCGCCUGGCUGGCCGGCCAGACCGAGCGCGCGCCCUACCGCGACCUGCGCUGCGCCGCGCCCCCCGCGCUGCGCGGCCGCCUGCUGCCCUACCUGGCCGAGCAGGAGCUGCGCGCCGCCUGCACGCUCGGCGCGCUCUGCUGGGGGGCGCUGGCGGCGCAGCUCCUGCUGCUCGGCCUCGGGCUGCUGCACGCCUUGCUGCUGCUGCUGCUGCUGUGCCGCCUGCGGAGGCUGCGCGCCCGCGCCCGCGCCCGCGCCGCGCACCGGCUAUCACUGACCGCCCCCCUGGUGGCGGAGCCGGCCGGAGCCGGCGAGUCCUGAGAGGAAUGGACUGGCGCUGAGCGACGCGGCCCGCCAACCCGACAGGACCCUGCCCCAGGAGCCCUCGCCCUAACCUGGAGCCGUUCCUCUCCGCCGCCCAGGCACCAUCUCCCCGACCAUGCCGCCUCCUGCAGGCCCCGUCCACGUGGGCUCCACUGCUUCCCGCCACCACUAGCGGGGCCAACUCACGCCUUGCGCGCCUAGGCAGGUCCAGGGGGCGAGCUGCAGCCCUGACCCCGCAGAGUCCCCACACGCCCAACUCCAGUGCGAAUAAACCCUGCUCCAA